GCAGACCUCCCGUCAUCUCUGUCUACUCGUGAGAGGGAAAUUUUUUCGCUGAUGCAGUCAUGUCUGGAAAUGGCAGGGCUUCGCGUUUUGCCCCUUAAUGCAUCUCCCAUCUCUCUCUCUCUCUCUCUCUCUCUCUCUCUCUCUCUCUCCACCCCCACCACCCCCUGAGCUGCAGCAGUGGGGUUUUUCUCCCGUCCACCAGCGCGGGAGGCUGCGGCUUCACCUGCUUUCAUAUUUUUAAUUUUAGCACUUAGUUUCAUUUGCUUUCCGUGCACUGGCUUCUCUUUGUGAAAGAAUUCGUUUUUUGUCUUUUUAAAACUGCCAUUCAGUGCAACGCGAUUAAAGAUGCUCAGCUGUCACGCUGCCCAGGAUACGACGGAUGCAUCCCGUAAACGCACGUGAAGUGCUCGUUACCAGCGCAGUCCGGCCAGUGUAUCUGCAGAGCUGCAGGAGAGGCAGCAGUAGCGGAUGCAGUGGAAAGGAGCGAUGGUGGAGCCGCAGUGGGGACGCACUGACGGAAAGUGAGCUAGCCCCCUAGCUAGGGUCCGAGUCGGCUGUGUGGGCAGGACAGGUGCACUGAGCAGAGGAGGAAUCUGGAAAGAAAAUUGGAUGUCCGUUCCAGCAUACUAAGCGCAGUCCUGCAGCUCCUGCAGUGCUUCUACCCGGACUUGCAGGAUGACCGUAGUGGCCGGAGAUAACAUGGAUGAGACGUCAGCUGUGCCGGGGCAUCCACAGGACACAUAUCCUCCUGACCAUGAUGACCACGAAUGCUGUGAGAGAGUAGUCAUCAACAUUGCUGGGCUGCGCUUUGAAACCCAGCUCAAAACCCUCGCACAGUUUCCAGAGACACUAUUAGGGAACCCCAAAAAGAGAAUGCGUUACUUUGAUCCCCUGAGAAAUGAGUAUUUCUUCGACCGAAAUCGCCCAAGUUUUGAUGCCAUCCUCUAUUACUACCAGUCAGGGGGUCGGCUGAGGAGACCUGUGAAUGUCCCACUGGAUAUGUUCUCAGAAGAAAUUAAGUUCUAUGAACUUGGAGUGGAAGCAAUGGAGAAGUUUCGUGAGGAUGAGGGCUUCAUCCGAGAAGAAGAAAGGCCACUGCCUGAGCGUGAGUUCCAGCGUCAAAUCUGGCUUCUGUUUGAGCAUCCUGAGAGUUCGGGACCAGCCAGAGGAAUUGCUAUAGUCUCUGUUAUGGUCAUUUUAAUUUCCAUCGUCAUUUUCUGUUUGGAGACUUUGCCUGAACUGAAAGAGAAUCCUGAGGGACGAAUACAGAAAAUUGGGAACAGCACCUACUUCUACAAACCAAACAUUCUCACCGACCCCUUCUUCGUUGUAGAGACCCUUUGCAUAAUCUGGUUCUCAUUUGAACUUAUAGUACGGUUCCUUGCAUGUCCGAGCAAGGCAGCCUUCUUUAAGAACAUGAUGAACACCAUAGAUAUAGUAGCUAUUAUCCCCUAUUUCAUUACACUGGGCACAGAGCUGGCAGAAGAGCCAGAUGGUAAAGAAGGCAAGGGGGAGCAAGCAACAUCGCUGGCCAUUCUCAGGGUGAUUCGUCUGGUCAGGGUGUUUAGGAUCUUCAAGCUAUCUAGGCAUUCAAAAGGCCUGCAGAUUUUAGGGCAGACCCUAAAGGCCAGUAUGCGGGAGCUUGGUUUGCUCAUAUUCUUUCUGUUUAUCGGCGUCAUCUUGUUUUCGAGUGCUGUGUACUUUGCGGAAGCUGAGGAGGCAGAGUCACACUUCAGCAGUAUCCCUGAUGCUUUCUGGUGGGCUGUUGUGUCAAUGACCACCGUAGGCUAUGGAGACAUGGUCCCAGUGACUAUAGGGGGCAAAAUUGUAGGUUCCUUGUGCGCAAUCGCUGGUGUGCUGACCAUUGCUCUACCAGUGCCUGUCAUCGUAUCCAACUUCAACUACUUCUACCACAGGGAGACUGAGGGUGAGGAGCAGGCCCAGCUUUUGAAUGUAAGCAACCCCAACAUUGCGUCUGACUCCGAUUCAAGCCGUCGCAGUUCCUCAGUCGCCAGCAAGUCUGAGUACAUGGAAAUCGACGGAGACAUGAACAACAGCAUAGACAACUUCAGAGAGGCCAACCUUAGAACUGGCAACUGCACCAUAGCCAAUCAAAACUGUGUUAACAAAAGUAAGCUGCUGACAGAUGUUUAGAGUUAAGAAACGAACAGUGGGACUGUAAAGAUUCAGUCAAAUGUUGACUGCUUCAGUAUUUGAAUGCUUCAUUAAAUUCCCUAAUGCACUCCAGCAUUGAAACUAUUAUAAUUUGCAGAUGAAUGGAGAACAGACCAAAAGAUACAACAUGCAGUUAGAAUAUGAGACCGAUAAAUAUGUAUAUAUAGUUAGUGUAAAUCAUUUACAGCACGUCCAGAAACAUGCCUACUUAACUGACAGAUUCUCUAGAGGCCCUGGUGAGGACUCUGGAUGGCUGUUCCCAGCUGGCGGUGGCGCAAUUGCUGAAACAUUAUGCAUGGAUCACAGAUUACAUGUCAGCAAGUUGCAUAGUGCAUCUAAGGCAAAAAUGCAUAAAAAUACUCAGUUCCACAAGGACAAGCCAAGCCAUCUGCAGUGCUUGGCCUGUGUUUGGUCUUCCCCACAGCACUCCAGACCUACUGACCAGCAAAGCACCUUAUAUGAACAAGACUGAUCUCCUGCGGGGAUGCCAUGAGAGACAAAGUCAUCUCCUCAUGAACAUCCGCAAUGCUGCUAUUCUCCAGCAGAUGCUGUAAUUUAGAUAUCACCAAGUGAUUCGAUGCCAUGCCCGUUCGAUGCAAGACAGCACAACGACAGGGGAAAAAUAGCUUAUUAAUAAGCAUGUUUAGAUUAUCCUCAUUUUGAUAUCGGCAUGCGUGAGACAUUACCUCAUUCUAUGGAUCUUUUUUUUAAAACCUUUUUUCUCUCGUCCUAGUCAUUUACUACCCAACUCCCUCUCCAUGGAAAGUGCACUGGUCUGAUAUGAUUUGAAAUGCUUCUCAUUUAGGUGUAUUUAAGGACUGAAUGUUUAACCUUAAGGGAAACAAUCUUAAUGAGAUCAUAGCAUGUUAAAAUAAUCUGCAUUAUGGCCUAUUCCAACUAAGGUACUGUGUAUCCUAGUAUAUUUAAUGCAUGACAUCGGUAUUAUAUAGCUUAUUGCAAUUGAGACACCUCUCCAUGGUGUCGUUGUUACUAUCAGGGAAACUAGGGACUUAGAAUCCUGAAAUUUUCUGAAAUGUGACAAAAAAAGAUAUGCAAACCCCAACACAGGGAUGUAAACUUUCUAAUCUAAAAAGUAGUCUAAGAAGCAGAAAAAAAAACUAAACAAAACAAAUAAUACUAUAAAAUUGCAUAUACUCAUAUAAGCACCUGUUCAAAACCAAUAUAACUUCAAUAGUGCAGUGCAUGGACCUUUCCUCAGAAAGAAAACUGAGCAAAUUAUGAUUCAUGCUUCCAUUUUUUUGCAAACAUAUUUAGGACAUCUUGGAUCUCCUUCAAUGGGAUGCAAAAUAAAUCAUGGCAGAAUUAGUUUUAUUUGUUGCUAGUGCCUUUUGACCCUCUCAACAACUGUAUAGGUGAAAGUGCCUCGGGAAGACAGAUUUUGUGGAAUUGCCACAUGACGCCUGUUGAUGACAACUAAAAUGAGUGUAUGUACAGUACAAAGAAAUAAGAGCACAAAAAACAGAAACUAACAUGGCACAACUCAACAUUGUGUGUUGUCAUGCACUAACGCCCUGAUAGAAUAUGAGGGUUGGGCCACAUUUGAAUGGGGGAAGGGAGGAUGUAAUCUUUUAAAGCUUCAGAUCUGCCUUGCAUCGUAGUUUUCACUUGUGUUGUGCCAUAAUGAGUCUACCUCAGUGAGGUCAUCACCGUAGGGCUUGCCGUUGAGCGGAACAGCUCCUUGGUGUAGAGCUCCAGUACAUGUGGGAAAACUAUGGCCAGUGUGUGAUGUACAAAUAACAAAAACUUUUCACAGUUCCCCAACAACUAGCCUUUAAGGAAGCACUUAAAACAAAUGCACCAAUGCAACCGUUUCCUGACCCUUAGAUCUGUUCCCCUUCUAGCUACGCACAAUCAAGGCUCAUGCUUUGUCUUGGCAUUUUGGGUUUCAUCUUUAUUAUGGGAUUCAUUUUUAGCAUUAUAGCUACAUUAGCAGGAAAGAUCUGCACCCUGAUCCACAAAACCUGGCGUGUAAAGAGUAUUGUGUAAAACUACAGGGUUACAAAUUAGAAUCAGUUUGCAUACAGUCUCAUCCUAACUGAGAAUGUUACAGCACGCAGGACCUGAUUACUUUAAGUUAAGCUAACCCAUGUUAAUUAAGAAAAAUGCUUAUUAUAAAUGAUACUUAAUUAACAGUGUGAGAUAUAGUUGAGAAUUGAAUGACCUCCAAACUGAUUUGAAACAUCUCUUCUGCAGCUUAUCUAUCCACUGGACAAUGAGAUGAAAAAAAAAAAAAAGAUUUCAGGGAAACUGAAUAUAGUUUUUAUAAAACAACUGUCUAGGUGAAU